AUGAGGCUUCUAGCCGUCAUCACCAUAUUUCACCUUGUCCUCUGCUCAACUGCAGCACCUUUAUACAACCACGAUAUAUCAUCUCUGGAGUAUCACAAACGAGACACAGAACCUUUAUCGAGCGCGUCCAAGCGUGAUGCAGAACCACUAUCGGACACAUUUCGACGAGACGCUGAACCGCUCUCGGAUACGUUUAAACGUGACGCGGAACCACUUUCCGACACGUUCAAACGCGACGUCGAGUCAUUAUCAAUCACUUUUCGACGCUCUGCCCAACCUGAUGAAGAUGUGAUCUACCACAAUUUGGAUACCAUCUCGAAUGCGUCAUAG